AUGGGAAGAACCCUCACCUACCCCAAACGGUCGUCGAACACCGUCAACCGAUAUAAGCACCGCGCUACAUAUGACCUUGGUCCAAUCCACGCCAUCAUCAAUGCCUCCCCAGUGCUCCAUGUCUCCUUUAAUCCAGGUCCGGACGACCCUUUCCCCACCAUCUUGCCAAUGAUCGGUCAAAUGGGUUCCUUCGAGUACCCCUCCGCGACCAUUGACGAACCACUGGAAUGCUAUCUCCACGGCUACGUCAGCUCGCGCAUAAUGAAUCUCGCCCGCGCCUCUGACGACGACGGUCUACCCAUUUGCGUGGCAACGAGCCAGGUCGAUGGUCUAAUUCUAUCUCUGACGCCCAACUCGCAUAGCUACAACUACCGCUCCGCCGUCCUGCACGGCUACGCCAACCUCGUCACAGAUGAACAGGAGAAACUAUGGGCCAUGAAGAUGAUUACGAACUCCGUUCUCGACAAUCGCUGGGAUAACUCCCGCGUUCCUCCCGACAAGGCGGAGAUGUCAUCCACUGUUAUCCUGAAGGUCAAGGUGAUGGAUGGCAGCGGCAAGAUUCGCGAUGGCGGCGUCUCGGAUGAGCGCAAGGAUACCGAGGAUCCGCAGGUCACUGGUCGUAUUUGGACGGGCGUUGUGCCUGUCUGGCAGACAUUUGGCACGCCGGUCCCUAGUGGUGAUGGUAAACUUGCGGAGGUUCCCGAGCAUAUCACCUCUUACAUUGAGACUAAGAAUAAGCAGAAUCAGGCUUUGGCAGAGAGCGCUGUUGUUGUUAAGCUGCCACCUGAGGAGCAGCACUAG